GGGUAGGGCAGGGGUAGGGUAGGGGUAGAGGUAAAGAAGGGUAGAGUAGGGAUAGAGAAUAAGUGCACUUAUGUCACAACGAAGCUUGACCGGGUCCGCUAGUAUCAUAGAUACUAUAGAUACCUACUACAAACCACCGCAAAAAACAAUCACCAAACAAAACAAUGCCAACAGAAAACAGAUAAAUAAUAUGCACAAAAUAACCAAAUAUUAUCAAAUUUACGUUUAUUUCGGACUAUUAAUAUACCUAAUACCAAUUUAUAAGAUAUAUACAAAUGGGUUGACAAGUCUUUCCCUCCGUUUAUCCACCGGGGAUAUUAUAUCCACCGGCGUGCCCAUGCGCGGUGAGUGGAUAAAACGAGUGUGGGGGAUAAACGUUUUAUCCUCUCCCCGUGGAUAAAUUUCUCCCUUGCCCGUGCUAGCCCUGCUGUAGUGGUUAAUAAAAUAAACUGUCGAUAAAAGGGAGGAUGGUGUUAGUAAAAGUUACUAGGGCAACAUGAUCCAAGUUACGAGUGUAUAAUGAUGAUGAUGAUGAUAAUGAUAUGAGAAUAAUGUACCAAAAAUCAUCAACAUCAUUAUCAUCCCAUAUUCGGCUCACUACUGAGCUCGAGUCUCCACUCAGAAUGAGAGUGGUAUAGUACCGACAAUGGAUACAAGGAAUGAUAUAAAGAAAUAAAUACACAUUUCUGGAAAAACCCUAACAACAUCAGUUGUAUGAUUCACAAAUGAUCAAAUCAUAAUUUCUGAUAUCCAGAGAGAAUCUUAAUUUAUGUUAAUAAGUAUUAACAUACCAGUAAGAAAGCAAAACUCAAGGCUACAUGGCUAACUAAAGUUGGCCUAUAGCAGGAAGUUAUCUAUUUGAGCAGAGGUCUCAUCUCAACGUGGCGUUCUGCUCUUUAUGUAGUAGACUGAGAGCUGAUGGUAAUUUUUUAGGGUGUGAUAGAAUAGAUAGAAAGCUAUUGCUGCAGUAAAUAAAUAAAUUUAAUUAAUAUAAAGUUACCCAAAUUACUGUUAAUGAAUUUGAAGUUAAUUUUAAAGUCUUAUUUCUCGUAUUUUGGCGGAUCAAGCAGACUCGACAUUAUAUGGAACUCUAUGACCAAUAAAAGAGUACCUAAUGCAUCACAGAUACAGAGAGCAUGAGAACACGUGCUUUACUGCUGCGUCAAUCAACCCUAUUCGCUUAAACCUUAUAAAGAUUCAGGAAUUCACCGUACGAAUUGGUAAUAUUUAAUUUGUUACUUUCACAGUUAAGCUUAUAGUUUAAAAGUCACGUGUUUGUGGAUGUAGGCCUCAGACACGGUUUAAAUAUUAUUUUUGUAUAAUUAUUUGGUAGGUAUGGCUUAGAUUGUAAAGUACUUUUCACUCUACCCCCACACCCCAUUUUUUCAUAGCGGUUUUAGUUUUUUUGUAUGAAAGAAAUUUAUAUCUCAGAACAACAUUUCAAUUAGUUUUAUUCAAUGCCUCCUUGAUAUUUACCACUAGCUCUUGUCCCGUAGAUAGCUACAGGUUCCGCCAGUUACCCGCCAGCUACGGCGUAGCAAGCUUGUUGCUACGAAAACACACCGAUAGCGCGCUACGAAUAUUUUAUGAACUUUUGUUUUAUUCAUAAACAACUCUCUGAUAAACAAAUCAUCGUAUUCUAUUAAUUUGCUUCAGAAUCAAGUGUUCUUUUUAUGAAUUUGCUGAAAUAGUAGAGCACAUUUACAAAGAUGAGCUGCGAGGGCCGGUCCCGCGUGCCGCAGAACGACCUGCUCCUACAUGAGGCCGUCAUCAAGAACGAGCCCGAGGCCGUGCGCGAGGCCUUGAGGAGGCCCACUGAUGUCAACUGCAGGAACAAUUACGGACGCGCGCCAAUCCACUGGGCGGCUAGUCGCGGCAACGUGGAGAUCAUCAAACUGUUGAUUGCUGCCGAGUGCGACAUUGAGGCUGUCGACAAGUUUGGGAUGCGACCUCUGCUAAUGGCGGCAUGGCACGGGCACCUGGGCGCCGUGCAAACACUGGUGAAGGCGGGCGCCUGCCUCGCAGCUAUCAACAAGAAGCAUAACGACAUCCUGCAAUGUGCGGCAACACGUGGCUCCAAGGAAGUGGUCGCGUACGCUCUAUCGUUGGGCUCCAACGUGCAGGGCUACGACGCGGCGGGCGACUCGCCGUUGGCGUUGGCCGCCCGCGGUGGACACACGCCAGUGGUGGAGCUGUUGUUGGACCAGGGAGCAUACGUGGACGCCGUCAAUAAGAUUGGAAGAACAGCGCUCCACGUGGCCUGCGAGGGUGGACACUCUGAAACCGCUGCGCUCCUGGUAGCUAAAGGUGCUUCGCGAGAUGCGCGCGACAACUCUGGCCGCGCCCCGUUACACCAAGCCGCGGUGCACCGCCACACGGAACUAGUGAGAGUGCUCCUCGAAACGGGAUGCAAUGUUAACGCUACAGACAACAAUGGUGUGACUUCAUUACAAAUGGCUUGCGCUCAAGGCUGUCGUGGGAUCGUCGAGCACUUGUUAGCUUUUGGCGCUGAUGUACAUCUACAAAAUAAUGUCGGUUCUUCAGCCUUGCACGCAGCGUGCGCGGCUGAUGCUAAUGACAUCGUUGAACUAUUGUUGGCUCACGGGGCAGAUCCGGCUCUUACGGACCAGUGGUCGCAGUCGCCGCUGAGCGUGGCGGGAGGCGCGGCCGAAACCCCUCCCGAAGGCUUCAGGCGCGCUGCUCGAGGAUCCUUCUCCGCCAUCCUGGACCUACUGACAGCUACCACCAACCUCGACCACCAUCAGGAUCACUCAGGGCCGCCGUCUCCGCGUGUAGAGGAAAAAUCCGGCGGAGUUUCCCCGGCCGCCGCCGCCGCCGCCGCUAACGAAGGCGAAGGCGACAGUGAGCGGUGAUGGUCCGCGACCACUCUCCUCGACAGACUGGCACAGCGCGGCUUCGCGGCUGACACUCGCCUUGCUUUGCCUCCCACCGGUUGCGCUCGUUACAGAGAGCUGUGCUAUCGCGCCUCCCAGGCUCAUCUCCCCGCUCAGUGCGACAGUCGUCCGCGCGCCUGCGACUGUCGCAACUGCAGCUCGCGGCGCGCCUCAGACUGCGCCUGACGCGACGCGGCGCGGCUCUGCGACCGCCGACCUGUGCCCUCUGUCGCCGCCUUCGAUCGAUCGAUCUACAGCCUUCGCCAAGAUUUCCAAUAAUUUGAUUUUUAAAAACAUGAAAAAUAACCGUCUUCCAUGUGAUAUUAUUAUUGGGAAAGUUAUUUUUAUUUUAAACUUAAAUCUAUUUUAAUCUUAAACGCCUGAGACUUCUUAACCUCUUAAUUGAUUUUAAUUUUUUAGUACUUAAGUACAUACGAUAUAAUUCAUCAUAACUAAAAUAAAACCAAGAUUUUUCAAUAAAUAUACAUACCUAUUCUACUCAUGCAAUUUAUUUUGCUUUCUGAAAUUAGUGCGAUCAGUCUGACAGAUCGGGAUAAAAUCACUGAUCACACUAAUUUCAGAAAGCAAAAUAAGUUGAAAGCAAUGAUAUUUCAGGAUAUAUUACGUGUGCCACUUUUUAUCAAAUUAGUUCAGCGUAUGUUACGUAAUCUGUAUACGCUUUUCUAUUUAAUAAUAGAUCAUAAAUUAUGCUAAUAAUGUAUGGAAGUUGGUAACAAUUUAAAAAUCAGAUUAUUAUCAUUCCUAAUGAACGUACACUCGUAUAGCAUCUAUUUAUCGCAGCAUCCACAGCAAAUGUACAACUUUUUUGAUUAAAGAGGAUCAGUGUAAUUUUAUAGACAUAGACUACUAGCUUCAAUUUUAUAUAGACAGUACGCUUCUACCAUAUUUUCAAGAUACCUUUAGAUGUCACCUAUGAGUAAUUAUCCUUGCACACCUUUAUAAAUGGGCAAAUUAGAAUAUUAAAAUACGAAUGGGUCCAAUUUAAAGAUCCUAUGUAUGGAAACUCUAUUACGAGUUUGUACCCAAAGUUGUACAAAACCUUACCUUACAAAGGCUAUAAAGAUACGUUUUCUAUGCUGUAUAUAACUCACACAGCUACUGUCAAUAUCACCUACAGUUGUGAGCCUCUAAACUAUAAUCCUGUUUCAUACUGUGACUUAUCACUCUGUCGUUAUUUUCAAUUGAAAAGGGGUUUUUUUUAUGGAGCUCUUGGGUCACUGCUGUCAGUAAUGGUGUGAGUGAUGUCACAGAAUACCUGCAUAUUAUAAUUUUCUAAUUAUACUAUUAAAGAACCUAAGAACUCCAUACAAAAUCCCUUUACAAAAGAAAACCUUACCACAAUUUUAAAACAGAGUCCAUACAAACGAUCUAUUAGACUUUUAUACGAUGCAUUGGUUUAGUUGUUUAUUUGGGUUGCUAGCCUUUCCUGAAAAUUUCCCAUUUCGCUUUGUAAAUAGGAAUCAUCUACCUGUCCCAGUGCCUUACCUUUACUCUUCGAUCCUGCGAGAAACCUUUGGUGUUAAAUAGAUAGUUAAGAAUUUUUUAAUAAAAAUAUUUCAAAUAUUUACUGUAAUUUUGACUCAACUAAUUUGUAGACGCGUAAUUGGACACGCUUGUUUUACUAAUAAAGUAUUUUAAACAAAUACAUAAUUUUACCGUGUCAAAUUAAUUAAUCAUUAAUUGUCCGAUUAAAAUUUUAUUCUAGAUUAAGAUUUAAAGAAAUAACGUAAAAUUGACUUUACAUAAUAUAUUUUAUUAGUAAGUAUAGUUACUACAUUAAAAUUUUACGUAAACGCUAAAAAAAAGUCGAAACAUUAUAUUAGCUAUUUCAAUUGUCUUAGUAAGUUUAAACCGAAUCUUCUUAAAAGAUAAAUUACUAAACUUAAUUGUCAUAGUAGCUAUUUAUGGUCGAGAUCAGUGUUACAAUAAAUGUAAUAAUAAAUAAUAUUUACGAAAAUACGCGAGUGUAUAUUUAUAGACCUCUUAAUUUUUAAUCCUUAGAAGUAACUGUAUUUAUAUUGUAUACUAUUUAGAAUAAUUUCUAACGUGUGACCUAAUAUUUAGUUUGAGAAAGGAGACGGCCCAAAAAUGUCCGGAUCGAAGGACCAAAGUAACAUUUUAUGCAUUAUUUAAAAAAAAUGCUAGUGUGUUGCAUUAAGAUUACCGUUUGGAUUUUCUGAGCUGAUAAGCUUAAUCACAGCUCAUUAUUAAAUUCUGACACUAUUAUAUAGUUGUUAUUAUGAAUAAUUAUAGCAGAUUUUUACUCAUAUUAAAGAUAUUUAUUCACUGUUGCUAUAAUCCAAUAAAUGUUGACAGACUAAAAAAUAAAACAGAUACAUACGAGUAAUAAUAAUCGUAACACGUUAGUAUACAAAGAUGAUGAGAAAAUCUUUCCCAAAUAUACUAAGAGUAUAUGCAAUAAUGCAAUC